UGAAUCUGCCCUGGACGCGCCGCGGAGAACGGAGCUGAACGCAACACGUUAGUGAACGACAGAGAGCGCACGGAAGAUCUGCGCCGGGAGAAACGGCGCUCGCGGACGGUCAGGCGGGCAUGUUUUGCAUCGUGACACAUACCCAGAGUACGAGUUCGUUUAAAGACGCGACGACGCGUUUCCAGUAGGUGCUUGCGUGCGUUCUGAGUACCGCGCGUCACCGGUUGCGCGGAGAACCGAGCAGCGGCCGAGAGCGCAGAGCGCAGCGGGAGGAGAGUGCACACACGCGGGGCUCUACGCCCUGCUAAACAUGGCUGAUUGUCGGGUGCGGGGCGCUGCCGGGAUCUCCAGAAAGACGCUCGAUGCUCCCCAUUGAAGAAGAUGAUGAUGGUGAUGAGAAGCUGCUCUCCACAAUAAUGACCUAUCAACUAGCGGCUCCGUCCUCGGUUCGGAACAUGGAUGUGAUCAUCCCCUUCACCAGUGAUGUACCCUGUGACCCCAGAGGCCAGAGGAUGUGGUGGGCUUUCCUCGCCUCCUCCAUGGUCACUUUCUUCGGGGGUCUCUUCAUCAUCCUGCUGUGGAGGACCCUUAAGUACCUGUGGACGGUGUGCUGCCACUGCAAGGGUAAAAAGAAGGAUGCGCAGCGGGUCAGUAAAGCGGUGGGUCAGCGGGAGGCGGAGGCGGUGGUCAGCGAGGUGGGAUGGAUGACCUCGGUGAAGGACUGGGCCGGGGUCAUGAUCUCUGCUCAGACGCUCACGGGACGCGUGCUGGUGGUGCUUGUCUUUGCUCUGAGCAUCGGAGCACUUGUGAUUUACUUCUUCGACUCCUCAAAACCCAUCGAAUCCUGUCAGCAUUUCGACAAGGACUACACGCUGCAGAUCGAUAUGGCCUUCAACGUGUUUUUCCUCUUGUACUUUGGACUGCGUUUCAUUGCAGCCAAUGAUAAGCUGUGGUUCUGGCUGGAGGUGAAUUCAGUGGUGGAUUUCUUCACCGUCCCGCCUGUGUUUGUGUCUGUGUAUCUGAACAGGAGCUGGCUGGGAUUGAGGUUCUUAAGAGCCUUGAGGCUGAUCCAGUUUUCAGAAAUAUUACAGUUUUUAAAUAUCUUAAAAACAAGCAACUCCAUAAAGUUGGUGAAUUUGUGCUCAAUCUUUAUAAGCACAUGGCUGACGGCAGCGGGCUUCAUACAUUUGGUGGAAAACUCAGGGGAUCCUUGGGAAAACUUCCAAAAUUCCCAACUGCUUUCCUACUGGGAGUGUGUGUACUUACUCAUGGUAACCAUGUCCACAGUGGGUUAUGGAGAUGUUUGUGCUAAAACAACCCUCGAACGCCUUUUCAUGGUCUUCUUCAUUCUCGGAGGAUUGGCCAUGUUUGCCAGCUACGUUCCUGAAAUCAUAGAGUUAAUAGGAAACCGCAAGAAAUAUGGUGGUUCCUAUAGUGCAGUAAAUGGGAGAAAGCAUAUAGUCGUCUGCGGUCACAUCACGCUGGAGAGCGUCUCCAACUUCCUCAAAGACUUCCUACACAAGGACAGGGAUGAUGUCAAUGUAGAAAUAGUUUUUCUCCAUAAUAUUUCCCCUAAUCUUGAGCUGGAAGCCUUAUUCAAGAGACACUUCACACAGGUGGAGUUUUACCAGGGAUCCGUCCUCAACCCUCACGAUCUCGCUCGAGUCAAGAUUGAGUCGGCCGAUGCCUGUCUGAUCUUAGCCAAUAAAUACUGUGCAGAUCCUGACGCUGAAGAUGCAUCCAAUAUCAUGAGGGUGAUAUCCAUUAAAAACUACCAUCCAAAGAUCCGAAUCAUUACACAGAUGCUGCAGUACCACAAUAAGGCUCAUCUUCUCAACAUCCCGAGCUGGAACUGGAAGGAAGGCGAUGACGCCAUCUGCCUCGCCGAGCUGAAGCUUGGCUUCAUCGCCCAGAGCUGCCUGGCACAGGGUCUGUCCACCAUGCUGGCCAACCUCUUCUCCAUGAGGUCCUACAUCAAGAUUGAAGAAGACACGUGGCAGAAGUAUUAUUUAGAGGGAGUAGCCAAUGAAAUGUACACGGAGUAUCUGUCCAGUGCUUUCGUGGGUUUGUCCUUCCCCACCAUUUGUGAGCUCUGCUAUGUGAAGCUGAAACUCCUGCUGAUCGCGAUUGAAUAUAAAUCAGACCAGAGAGAGUGCAGCACACUGAUUAACCCGGGCAAUCAUGUGAAGAUGCAGGAGGGAACACUGGGCUUCUUCAUCGCCAGUGAUGCCAAAGAGGUGAAGAGGGCACUUUUCUACUGUAAAGCUUGUCAUGAUGACAUUACAGACCCAAAACGGAUCAAAAAGUGUGGAUGCAAACGGAUGUUGUAUUCCAAGAAGUCCGCCUACAAGAGAAUGCGUCUGGCAUGUUGUGUAGCUUGCGGUGGGGCAGAACAUGGCUGCUCGUGCAUGUCAGACAGUGUGGCUAGUAACACGGAGGUUCUGCACCGUGGCUUCCCCUUCUCUCCCGUGUCUCUGUAUGAUAACACGACCACUUUACGCUCGUCUAAAAGUAACUAUAACGGAUACAUCAAAUCAAUAGUGGAGGAGGAGCAGCAGUUGGCUCUGUCGCCCAAGAAAAAACAGCGUAACGGAGGGAUGAGAACGUCGCCCACAUGCUCACCCAAAAUCAUCAGGCACGACCCGUUGUUGGUCCCAGGUCACGAUCAAAUGGAAACAAUGGACGAGAACAUAAAGAAAUAUGAUUCGACAGGAAUGUUUCACUGGUGUCCAUCAAAAGACAUAGAGAAGGUCAUGCUGGUAAGAGACAUUCAGCAGGUUACACAACAGAACUGCAGAACUUUAGAACAGCAGAUCUGAGGUCAGUGUUAUAGUAUCAUAUUUUACAUA